AUGUAUAGGCUGGACAUAUGCUUCCCUAGUAGUACCUGUAACAAUGUUGGUAAUGCAAUUUGUCCAUUUGGAUAUGGUUGUUUUAAAAAUAGUGAUCUCUAUUCGGAGAGUCGUCCGUAUUGUCCACCUACAUGGCUCUGUGAAACAGAUGUUGUUGAAUUAAAUGAACAAUGUGGAGGUGAAGACUAUGUCGGUGUAACACGUUCUGCACCAGGUCUUGGGUGUUAUGCGCGUAGCAAAUGGUGUUCACACUGUGCAACUUCAUGUCCAGGUCACACGACUGGAUAUGCUAAAGUGCAAAAUAAAAUUACGCAUACAUUUUUUGUUUGUUUAAUAAAAACAAAGAACGCAAAAUGA